AUGAUCGCUGGACCACCUUCCUGUCUCCUGUUAUCUCGACGCGCCGCCUCGGGUCUCGCUUCUGGUUGCUGCGGGGUGCCCAUCAGCAUGCACAUUCUCUCUGAAGGCCUUCCCCUCCUAGCGGUGAUGGUGGGAUUCGAGAAACCUGUUCGUCUCACCCGAGCUUUACUACAUGCGUCCACCGAGCCCUUGACCCGCUUCAACCGCUCGUCCGGUAAAACCACCAACUCUGUUUCCCUAAUCAGACUGCCUAGCCAUCGAUCCAUUCCCGACAAUAUCCAGGUGGCCACCCAGCACGAGGGAUGGCGAAUUGUUCGCGAUUAUGUUAUUGAAAUCACCAUCCUAGCGGUCGGAGCCGCCUCUCGGGUCCGGGGAGGCCUCCCUCAGUUCUGCUUUGUCGCGGCCUGGAUUCUGUUCUUUGAUGCCUUGCUCUUAUUCACAUUGUAUAUCACUAUUAUCUGCGGGAAGCUGGAGAUUACCCGCAUUCGGCACCACAUAAAUCUCCGCAAGGCUCUAGAGGAUGACUGUGUGCCCCGUCAAGAGUGGAGCUUCCGCAUCUUUGGGUACAAGAUACAGGCAGAGGAUGUGUCCAAACUGAAGCUUUAUAUGAUCAGCGGUUUCGUCCUGUUCAAUGUACUGCAGUUGUCGUCCCUCUCAUUCCGUGUCAUGGGAGGGUUGAACGCUGUCCUGCCGCUCUUUAGGACUUCCAGUCUCUUCACCCCUGGUCCCAUUAAUCCCUUUAAAGUGGCCGCUAAUGGCCUCAAUGAUAUCUAUGUCACGGCCAGAGUUAGUAGCAUUGAGACGGGUGUGACCGUGUUGCCCCCGAUCAAGUAUGUAAUGCAAUCACCUGUCGUACCAUGUGGAGGCCGACAGGAUAUUCAGUACAUGACGCUGCUCCUGAAUGACGUGCUGGGUAGUCAUGUCCUUGGUGGCAUACUCUCCUCACUGGAAGACCCAGUUGUCUGCAAGGGGGUGAUCGUGGCUCUCGGUGUGAGCCUGUUUCUGAACAGCUAUCUCAUGAACGCCGCGCACAGGAAUAUUCGCGAAACCAAGAAAUCUGCUGAGACCUCAAUAGCGAUUGCAAAAUCUGCCUACAAACCAAGUCUACAGCCCAACCGUCCUAUUAGCAAACGGAUAAUCGAGGAACUGGAGCUUAUAGUGAAGGAGAAGAAGGCAUCAUUACUGGAUGAUGAAGAGCUGGUCGAACUCUGCCUCCGGGGGAAAAUCCCCGGGUACGCUCUAGAGACGACCGUGGCCGACCAGCCCAUCAUGACUCGACUGGAGGCCUUCACCCAUGCUGUUAAGCUCCGUCGUGCUGUGGUGUCUCGCACAAGAGCUACGAUGGAUGUUGCAAGCGGCCUGGAGAACUCCAAAAACCCCUACCAGGAUUUGAACAAUGAAUUAGUGUACGGAGCCUGCUGUGAGAACGUUAUUCGAUACCUCUCCUUGCCCGUGGGUGUGGCCGGUCCAAUAUUAAUUGAUGGCCAGAGCUACUUCAUCCCUAUGGCGACCACCGAGGGCGUCCUGGUGGCCAGCAACAACCGCGGCUGCAAGGCGAUUGACCCUGGGAAUGGAGCGGUAACAGUGAUCAACAGCGAUGGGAUGACCCGUGCCCCCUGCAUUGGAUUCCCAUUCGUGUCUCGUGCAGCAGAGGCAAAGCCAUGGCUGGAUUCAGAGUACGGGUCGGUUUGCGCGACUCCAAGGUCUGAAAACACCCAAGCUGGUACCUAUCUUUAUGUCCGGUUUAAGUCGACCACGGGAGACGCGAUGGGGAUGAACAUGAUCUCCAAGGGGACCGAGAAGGCAUUGCAGGUAAUGCGGGAUAAUGGAUUCGACGACAUGGCUACCAUCUCAAUGACGGAGGUCACAAUCCCCGGCAAUGCAGUGCGCUCCGUGCUUAAGAUAGACGUGGAGACUCUUGUAGAGAUGGAUACGGCCAAGAACCUUACUGGCAGCGCUAUAGCUGGGAGUAUAGGGUGGUUCAACGCGCAUGCCACCAACCUCGUCGCUGCCGUGUUCUUAGCCACCGGCCAGGAUCCGGCGCAGAACGUGGAGAGCUCCAGCUGUAUCACUAUAAUGAAGAUGUAUGCUGCCUCCCUUCUGAGUCUCGUAUUAGCCUUUGUUAAUGAUAUCAUCAGUGUCAAUGGAAAUCUACACGUCUCUGUCUUAGUGCCGUCCGUCGAGGUGGGCACUAUCGGCGGCGGCACCAUCCUCGAAGCGCAAUCCGCCAUGCUUGACAUGCUGGGCAUUUGUGGCGCCCAUGCUUCGGAUCCGGGGACUAAUUCCCGUCAGCUGUCCGGAUAG